AUGAUAAGGACAUUCCAGCAGCAAUUUCGAAUCCCUCCUUCCCAUUGGCAGUUAUUUAAAAGCCGUCCUUCAACCUCACCCACCGGCCAAGGAUUCGUUGGCAGUUGGAUGCCAAAUCCGAUCGACUUCGGUUCGAAAUCAUCCAAUUUUUCACUCUUUCGCGUCGAUUUAAAAUCCCUGAAACCAUCACCAAACCGUCCAGUGCUCUUCGCCAUGAACCCUUCUCAAUAUAUCUUCUUACUCUUCGUUGGAACUUUCUGUGUCUAUGGAUUGUGGAAAACCAGUUCUCUUUCCUGGCGAUCCUCCACGGUACACGCGAAAGCGUCGAUUCAGUUCGACCUCUCCAUUCCAUCAUCUUCUCCAUCCGUUUUCCGUCGAUUCUCUAACAAAACAAACAGAAAAACCAUCGGCAAAAGUCAUAAAAAGUAUCGCGGAGUCGUAUCGAAAUACAUGCUAGAGCUGUACCACCGCAGAUCAGAUGUGGACAUAGUUCGAGCGUUAGAACCGAUCCAUGUGUCAGGCCCGACCAACGAAGGAGCCAGGAUCCUGGUAUUCUCGAUACCUCCGAUCGACCCAGACGAAGCUCUAGAGGUAGCAGAGUUGCUUGGCGUUGUUGGAUCCAUUCUCAGAGUGCGUUUAGAUCACACGGACGCUUUUGGAAGCUGCAAAUCGAGGAGAGACGAUAGUUGGAGGGCUUUCAAUGUUACUUCUGCAGUGGCUGCAAGGAGUGGUAGUGCUGUCAGAUUCCGAGUAUACGGCAGAGUUGGUUAUCAUCCUUGCGGAGACGGCCCAAUCUUGUUAUUGAGCUACGCCAAAGUGAGGAAGAGGCGAUUAAGGCGUUCCAUUCAAGAAGAAGAAACGGACGAAGACGACGGUCCCCGAAGAAGACGUAAGAAUUCCUGCAGACGACGAUCUCUUUACGUAGACUUUGCACUGAUCGCGUACGACGAAUGGGUCGUUGCUCCACCCGGGUACGAAGCCUAUCAGUGCUCUGGGAAGUGUUUUUACCCGUUCGGCGAUCAUCUUAGCCCCACGAAGCAUGCGAUCGUGCAGACGUUGGUACACGGUGCUCUCCAGGCUAUCGAGGGCGGCAGCAAACCUGUUGGCAGAGCUUGCUGCGUACCAACGAGACUAGCGCCUACCAGUCUGCUUUAUCUGGAUGCCAGUGGAACUUUAACUUAUCAGUACGGCUACGAAGACAUGGUUGUUGCCGAGUGUGGCUGUCGUUAAAGUGUUCAAAAUAUAGGUUUAAAAUUAGGCAAUUGAGUAAGGAGAAAAUGAAUUUUUAUGAAAAUUAAGAUAGGUUCUUAAAGAUCGAAAAAAAAAGACAUGUUUUAAUCCUUAUAUUUCAAUCAAUUUAUUCCAACGAUUUACUUUGCGUUUCUUUAUGCAAGAUCAGCUUCUAUAUCUUUUAUCUCAUAUUCCGACAAAUAAAUGAAAAUUUCUCCAUUUAAUUUAGAAAAUGUAUAAACUUUUUGAUUUCCAUUUCUCUUCAGUACAUUCUAUAAAUCCUAGAUCUGCCUUCUUCCACCUCUUCCUAUAUAUAUCAUAAAAUAUAAUAUCUUUCAACAUACGAUAUUCUCUGAACUAGCAAUAUCUGAAUAAAAAUAUUCCUUGUAUAAAACAUGCAUUACAUUAAGUUUCAUAAAUUAUAAAUUCAUUAAAAAAUAAGUAACUCGAUAUACUUUUAACUCUCUACAAUGUAUUAGAUUUCUUCGCUUGUUAAUAUCGAUUUUGAAAUAAUAUUUUGUGUACUACUCAUAGAUAUUUUGAAUAAAAUUGAUGAGAAUCGUUAUAGCUUCUACGCUUGGCGUAUCAUUGAAAUAUGCAAAGCACGUAUGUAAAAGGCGAUGAAAUAAUUCAAUUAUUAAGGGUCAUUCAACCAUAAAAAAUUGAAUCAAAA